AUGUCGACCGAAAUUGAAGGAACCUUUCAGCUGGCAGACGCCAGCCUCUACACCAAGACCUGGACACCUGAAGGUCCCAUCAAAGCCAAGGUGAUCCACGUUCAUGGCUUCAGCGACCACGUCAACUGGUAUGAUGACGUAUAUCGAAUUUUAGCCUCUAGCGGCAUCCAGGUUUUCGGUUUUGAUCAGAGAGGCUGGGGCCGAAGCGUCAAGCAAUCCUCCGACAAAGGAAACACUGGCUCGACACCACGCGUGAUUGCCGAUAUUGCGGCCUUCAUCGAGAGUAAGCUGCCGUCGGAUGUCCCGGUCUUUGUCCUAGGCCACUCCAUGGGCGGCGGUGAGGUCAUCACACUUGCGGCUGACCCUCAGUAUGCCAAGCUCGUAAGCCAAGUGCGCGGUUGGAUGUUGGAGGCUCCUUUCAUCGGAUUCGCGCCCGAAGAGGUACCCAGCUGGUUCAAGGUCAUGGCAGGUCGUUUAGCCUGCAAGGUCCUGCCGAGAUUUCAGCUCAAGCAUGAACUCGACGUGAUGAACUUGACGCGAAGACCCGAGAUAGCCAAAGGCUACAAGGAAGAUCCUCUUUGCCACGAUACAGGUACGCUGGAGGGUUUGGCGUCGCUUCUCGACCGAACGGCCGCUCUGCAAUCGGGUUCCGUGAAGCUGGGCAAGGAAGUCAAGUCUCUCUGGCUCGGCCACGGAGAUCAUGACAAGGCCUGCAGCUAUGAUGCCGCCAUGGAGUUCGCGAAGAGGCAGGAGAUCGAGGAUAAGGUUGUCAAGACGUAUGUGGGAGGAUACCACGCUCUGCACGUAGAUCUGUGCGCGGAAGAAUAUGCAAAGGAUAUCACUAAUUGGAUCUUGGAGAGGAGCUCAGGUGAGAGGCCGAUCGAGGCGAAGCUGUAA